CACGAUUCUACCGGAACGAUCACGAUCUACUAAGCCGAUGGCUCUCUCAAUCAGCCCGAGAACCCGCUGCUGCCCAUGUUGGGUCAAGUUGGCCGCCGACAUAACAAAUUGCAAGUCGCCAGAGGAAAUCCGCGAGGUACUCAACAUCAAGACCGACGUCACACCAGAAGAGGAGGAACAAACUGAUCGCGAAAAUGAAUGGAUUCAUGACCCUGCAGAGAGGACGUCGAAUUCAACAACGCCCAGUCACUACAUCCCGCCAUGCCCAUGCCCAUGCUCAUGCCACCUCGACUCAUCAAGCCCGAAGACCUCAGCGCCCCUCUCAUCCCACGAGCUCGUCGCCUCCGGCACCCUUCGCGACCCUUGUGUCUUCUACAAUCCGUUCACGAACCACGAAACGCCUGUAGAGCGCGAGCGCCUAAGAGAAGCGUUCCAGAUCCAUCCGCCUGGCCAAGAACCCAAAUCAACAGCCGGCUUCUUCAAGAAGCACGACAAGUUCGUACAAGACAGCAUCAGCAAAGAGGGCCCAUACAUCUCGCGGCGAGCCGUAAAUAGAGGCCGACCGCGUGAGCCGUUCAAGUCUCAGUGGGUUGGUGUUGCGCUGCCGACGACACCUCCAGAAUCUACGACAAGUGGACCAAGGCGGCCGCUCAAGCAGCCGCGUAGGUUUUCCUCUACUGAUGAGGAAGGAGAGAUUCCGGAGCGGUACGUGAAGAGGCCCAGAGUGACACGGAAUAUCUCGCCGAGCGAUGGGGACGACGAACCGCAGACGCUGCUUCGGGGCGUCGACGAGGAGUCCGACGAGUACCAUCACCAUCCGCUGCAAGAGCGACAGGGGUUCCGACUACAUAGUGCGCCCAAGUGGUACAAAGAGUCCUGCGUGAAGUAUCACUAUCCGCGAGCAGUGCGAGCUGCUAGAUCUGUGCGAGACUGUUAUACAAGCGACCGCUAUGCGAAAGUGGGGAGUCUCCUGAGGCGGAGGCGGAUGGAGAGGAAGCGUCGCGCUAAACUGGUUGAGCGACAUGAGCCGGAAGAUUACUUCGGACGCUACGAGGCAGAGGAAGACGAGCCACGAGCUUUAUGCCGCCGAUGGGAUGAUGACGAUUCGGAGGCAGGGUCCGAGACGUCCCGGCGAAAUGAAAGGUAUCGGCACCGCCAGGAUCUCCAGGACCGGGAUUUGGAGGAGUACCAUCUCCACCGAGAGCAUCUCCGACAUCAGCAUGUCAUAGAUAGUCGGCAGGCGGCUGAAGAUAGGGAGAUCGAAAUCCGGGAGAUUGUUGAGCGGGACUUGGCAGCCAAGAGGACAGCGCUGCAUGGGGAUGCCGAUGCGUUCGAAAGCGAAGAGUUGGAAGACCCUAAGGAAGUCCGAAGUGGCUCGACCUCUAGCAGCUACUCAGAGAGCGAUCGGAAUGACGCUGAAAGCGUAGCGGAAGAUGCUCACGUGGAUAGGUUUGCAGCCGCUGCAACUGCUAUAUUUCAGGGAACUUCACUCACCGACGAGCCGUGCUCUCCUCUUCCCGCUACUGAACGACCCUCUUCUGCCGAAGCGAGACCAUCUGAGAGCCAGCCUAGACCGAGCGAGCAGUCAGCCACCGAUCAUGAUGCCAAUGCUACCACACAGCGUCCAUAUCCUGAAGCAACUCCAGACAAUCGCGGGGAAGGCUCCCGCAUCACCAUGGCACGCGCUCAGCACCGGAGAGAUCGUCUGAUAAUGCCGGGAAAACGCGACGAUGGCCGUGCCUCGAGACAGAUUAAAGACCGUCAGAUCAAACAGCAAACUAACAACAAGGACAAGAACUACCUUAGGUUCAAUGGGAAUGGUGACAACAAACGGAGCUUUGGAGGAAAUAAGCACGCCUCGAGAUGAAUUGAGUGGAAUGUCCUGCGAGGUUGAGGAGCGACAAAUUUAGAAAAGAGUGGAACUUGUGAUAUGGAGUUGAUGGAUUUGGUUUUCAGGUAUGCUGGCGUGUGUGUCUUGGGUAGUUGGGCUUUGUCAUUUUGGUUAGCUUAUAGGUACAAGUGAGUUCUUUUGAAACUCGUUUUUUUGAGAAUACGCGAAAGUGAUCUAGAGACGAAAAUGGCAGAAGUAUCGUAGCCCUUUAUGGCUUCGCGAGACUCCUAGAGGAUCUAUCUUGACGUCGACGCAUCAUGUCGGAUCCAAGACAGAAUUAUGUUAGAUGUUGG